GAACAGCUUUCACGGCGACCGAAUUGAGGGGAGGAAACUGCUCUUAUCAAUGAGUGACCCUCCCCCCGCCUUGAUCGAAGCGGCCACGCGGCGUCUCCGCGAGGUGGCCACGCGCGCACAGGAAGAGCGCUCGCUGACGUCCCCCUCCGAUGUGGAGGCGUACGACACGCAGUGCUUCGCAAAGGAGACGGCCCGCAUCAACCGCGCCGUGGAAGAGAAGCGCACGCACUCGUCGUCUGCGUUCUUUCCGGCGCUGUACCUACGCGCGCGUGACCCGGCCGGUGACGAGGCAACGCGACUCCUCCGUAGCACCUGCAAAGCGUUCGAGUUAGACCUACGCUUUAAGGAAAUCGAAAAGCUGGACGAGAUGCAUGCGAAGCUGUGGACGCUGCUCAACGCAGGCGAUCGCCGCAGCGUGACCUUGGAGGAGUACGACCAGCUGAUGAGGGAAUUUAAUGAGUGGGCCUCCGUGCAGUACGGAGCGCAGCUGCCCCCUCCGCCAGCCGCGGUCUGGGAGAUGCCCUCCUUCUCCUUUUCGGAGGAGGAGGAGGAGGAGGAGAAGGGCGAAGCGGAAGACGACGCUGUUGAAGGUAAAAAAGCGCCAAUGCUGCCGCUGCCGCUGCCUCUGGGUGGACCCGGUGCCACGUCCAGUCUUAGCGACUCCGUCGCGUCGUCUCUGCGGGUGUCCGCGUCACCGGAGCGCAACGCGCCCGACCUGCAGAGUCCGUCUGUGCCCACGAUAGGCGGCAGCCUCGGCGACAGUCGCAGCGGCACACGCAGCCAAAGCUGGGGCGCCGUCGUGCAGCACAUCCAACGCUUUCGCGAACAACGACAACAGCACGAACAGCAACGGCACAGUGAGAGUCUGCAGUCCGUCACGACCCUCUCGCAGCGCAGCAGCGUGCAGCUUGAGCGGGUGCUCCACCUGGCCGAAGAUCAGCCAGCGUUGGGGAACGUCCUGUACCUGUGCUCCGUGCCUCCGCCGCGACCCGAUAUGCAACUCUUUCUCUCCUGCCCCCGCAACGCCGAGAAGGCGGUGGAUAUCGCGGUGAUGUAUCAAACCUUCGCGAAGCAAGUGUCGCUCGUGAAGUGCGAGGCGGAGCUCAUUAUGUGGGACAGCAACAACGACGGCCGCCUCUCUGAAGAUGAGGUGGAGAACUACGUGAAGGACCUCGCCCCGCGUAUUGCCGCGCUCACCUCCAUGAGCAACGACCUCCUGCCGUUCUACUGCUGCACGGUGAGCCGUCGUUUGUUCUGGGACUUAGACCCCGGCAAUCGCGGCGUGCUGCGCAUUCACUCCCUCCUGCAGAGCAGCGUGAUGAAUGAGUGGGUGAGUCUGCAACUCAUGUCCGAGGACGACCCGCAGAACUGGUUUGGCGCGGCGGUCACCCAGCAGCUGUACAACAAGUUCGUCAUGCUGGAUACCCGCAACAAGGGCACGCUGAAUGUGGAUAACUUGCGCGCCUACAAGAAAGGCCUGCCGACGGUGAUCGACGACGGCCUGCCGCUCGAUACAAGUCCGCUCUGCGCCCUCUUCAUCGAUCGGUACUUUGAAACGAACACGCUCAUGACCCGAUCGGAGAUGGACUACCGUAAGUUCGUCGACUUCGUGAUUGCGGUGGAACUGCUGCCGCAGUGCAGUCGCCCCCAUUUUUUCUGGAAUAUUCUGGACCUGGACGGGACGGGCGUGGUGACGCCGAUGAUUGUGAAUCAGUUCUUCCGCGAGACGCACGCGAAGCUCGUGGCGGCGGGACUGGAUGUGCCUUCUCGUGAAACGGUGGUGCAGGAGGUGUUCGACCUCGUCGAGAAGGCAGAGCCGCUGCGCAUCACUCGUGCAGAGUUCGUUCGCUCCCCGCAGGCGGGUCUCUUUGUGGGGCUCUUGAUUGACUGCCUUUCUUUUUGGACCUACGAGAACCGCGAGCAGCGGUGA